AUGGCCGAUUCAACGCCUCGAAAGCGGUCGCGUGCCGCCUGUCUAUCCUGUCAAUCGCGCAAGCGCAAAUGCUCCGGCGAGCGGCCAUGCACGACCUGUGUCCAGGCCGGCGUCGACUGUCAUUACAGCGCCGCCCGCGCAAGAAACGCGCCAGUUCCAUGUAUAAUCGGGGUUUACCUGCACUCGACGAGCGCCCGCUACCGGAUGGAUGGUCCCAUCACCCCCCCCGUCAGCACUGCGGGCAGUGCUGCAUCUCCAGUUCCCCGCGUGAAUGAAUCCCAUGGAGUCGGUCAUUCCUUGGAGGCCAACUCUGGGGCGGCAUUCGUCCGCAAGCUGGGUCUACGAAUUGAUCCAGCACGCGCCCCCAGACUACAUCUGUUCGCAUGGAAUGUUGGCGAGAGGCGUGUAUCGUCGGCUGUCGCCUCGCCAAUAACGUCGCCGGCGCCAAUUACCGAGAUCAUCUCGCAAGAUGAGAUGCAGCGCUUAGCCGUCAUCUACUUUGAAAAAGUUGACCCAUGCUAUGCGUUCCUAGACCGGAAGAGCGUCUUCGACCAUAUUGUCCAACGCUGGUCGAAAGCGCCAACACGAGCCAACGAGUCUCGGGAGAUUCAGGACUAUGAUGCUGUGCUAUGCGGGAUGGCAGCAUUUGGGCUCUUAUUCUCGCAGCGUGAGAUUAUGCCAACAGAGCGACAGCUCAUUGAUACAGCCCACAAGCUCCUUGAACAAACCAUGCUCUGCGCACAAACACCAUCGGUCGACAUCGUCACCGGAUGGGUUCUUCGAGCAGCCUAUCUCCGCAUGACAUCUUCUCCCCACGCCGCCUGGAUGGCCAGCUGCACACUGAUGCAUCUCAUCGAGGCAGCAGGCCUCCACCUCGACAAACCAGAUCCAGACUCAACAGGCUUGAUCGCAACGCCAAACCAAAGUGGAACUGCUGAGGCAAACGACACUGGCCGCCGAUUAUUCGGUAUGGCUCGCCAUCUAAAUAUCUGGAUAUCAUUUGACCUAGGCCGCUCAAGAGUCGUCCUCCAUGGCGCAACAACCCACCUUCCAAGCGCUCCACCCCUCCCGUCCACCUCUCCGUCCUCUCCCCCAUCUCAAAAAGCAGACUUAUUUCACCUACUCCCCCUGUCCGAAAGCCUUGACCCAACCGGUCCAGCACCUCAAGACCUCCCAGAACUUGAGAAUGCUCUCUCCUCCGUCCUAUCUCUUAUUUACACAACCCCUUCCCUAAUUCUUGUUCAAUGCAACCUGACCCUCUGCAUUUACCGCCGCGUUCGCGCCCCUAAACGCCCACGCCCUCCUAACAUCCACCAUUUUAGACCGCGUACUCGCCCUCGCGGCCCGCGGUCUCCGCGCUGCACGAGAAAUGGUCUCUGCCUCGAGUCCCUGGCAUCAGCUUUGCUUCCUGAUGCGAUGCGGACGCUGGGUGAGGUGGUGGCGGCGUAUGACACAGGUGUGAUGCGAGAGGCGUAUUCGACGGCUUACCUGCUUAUUGCGUUGCAUCAACGGAGGAAGGAAGAUGAUACGAGGGCGUUGGCGGAUGUUUUGAGGGCGAAUGCGUUGGCGAUGGCGCCUGAAACGGAGGAGAUUGGUGGUGUUGGGGUGGUGCCUGGGUUGGAUAUGGGCCCUGUCUCGGAUGUGGAACUGUCUUGGUUGGGAGAUUUGAUGAUUGAUAUGCCCAGUUUGCAAAAUUUUGAUCUGGAUCAGUUUCUCAUGACGGAUGUGCCAUGGCCGUUGCCUGAGAUGGGGAUUUAA